AUGGCGCCGAACGGAAAAAUGCGUGAGAUCGUCUCGAUCCACAUCGGUCAGGCGGGAGUCCAAAUCGGAAACGCUUGCUGGGAACUGUACUGUCUCGAGCACGGCAUCAAUCCCGACGGCAUGAUGCCCGACGACACGAGCUUCGGCGUCGAGGACCAGUCCUACAACACGUUCUUCUCGGAGACUCCGUCCGGCAAGCACGUGCCACGUGCCAUCUUCGUCGAUCUGGAACCGACUGUUGUCGACGAGGCGAGUUCCGAAUCUUUUCGCUCUUUUCGAUCUUUGCCCGGCGCGCUGAUUCGCCGCCGACCAUUCACCGAUCCGAUGCGCGCACAAAAAGAGAGAAACAGUAUUAUUAUUAUUAUUUGCGGGGGCGGUAAGCGACGGAUCAACGGCGCGUCGUCCCUGGCGGAUAAGUGACACAGCACAAAACGGGAAAGGCGGGACUAUGACUUUCGAAGGAUAAGACCCGCGUAUUUUGUGCGGUCAUCUCAACUAAACGAUAGUGACAGUGAUGAUGCUGCCAAAUAAUCUGAUGACAUUCCCACACGUAGUCUGAGAAUUCGAGGGUGAAAUUUAACAGAAAAGAGGGAUCAAACUGCAGACUGAACGCCUCCGGCUCCUGUGAGGUAAACCUGGGUACGCUCCUUCUCUGCUACCCUACACUGACCAAGACCUGGGAGGUCGUUCUCCGGACGCGCUCUCUCGACAUGACGAGGAAACCGAAAAUGCUCGGGAAAACUGUUUUGAGUUCAGGUCCGAACCGGAAUCUACGCGAAACUGUUCCAUCCGGAGCAGAUGAUCAGCGGAAAGGAAGACGCGGCGAACAACUACGCACGCGGCCAUUACACCAUCGGAAAGGAACUCAUCGACGUCGUGAUGGAUCGUGUCCGUCGACUGACCGAGCGGUGCCAAUCCCUCCAGGGAUUUCUGAUCUUCCACUCGUUCGGAGGCGGAACUGGCAGUGGAUUCACUUCGCUCGUUAUGGAGAGACUCUCGAUUGACUACGGAAAGAAGGCGAAGCUCGAGUUCAGUAUUUAUCCGGCUCCGCAAAUCAGCACAUGUCAGCCCGUGUCCCCUGUUCUCUUCCAUUGCCAUUUAUUUCAGCCAUGGUCGAACCCUACAACUCACUUUUGACCACCCACACCACUUUGGAGCACUCCGACUGCUCGUUCAUCAUGGACAACGAAGCGAUCUACGAGCUGACGAAGGUGAAUUUGGGCGUGCGCAGUCCCACCUACACUCAUUUGAACCGUCUGCUCGCGCAAGUCGUCUCCUCGAUCACCGCUUCGUUGAGAUUCGACGGCGCUCUCAACGUGGAUCUCACUGAAUUCCAGGUGGGAAAUGGGGUAGUUUGAAAAAAAAAACAGUUCGAAGUUCCAGACCAAUCUAGUGCCGUAUCCGCGCAUCCACUUCCCUCUCGUCACCUACGCUCCUAUCAUUUCUGCGUAAGUUCUCUUCCCUUCCAGUUUUCUCAAGAAAUGUCGAGAAAUUUUUUGAAAGUACUAUCCAAGACUUCUAAAUAAACCUCGUGUUUCACUUCGGGCUCAAACGUUUUGUGAAAUUUCGAUCGUUUUGCAGAGAGAAGGCGUACCACGAGCAGUUGUCCGUGUCGGAGAUCACGAACUCGUGCUUCGAGCCGGGAAGUCAGAUGGUUAAAUGCGACCCGCGCAACGGAAAGUACAUGGCCUGCUGCCUUCUCUACCGCGGAGACGUCGUCCCGAAAGACAUCAACACGGCCAUUUCGACGAUAAAAACGAAAAGAGCGAUUCAGUUCGUGGACUGGUGUCCGACCGGAUUCAAGGUCGGAAUAAACUACCAGCCGCCGACGGUGGUGCCCGGCGGGGACACGGCCAAACUGCAGAGAGCCGUCUGCAUGCUCUCCAACACGACCGCCAUCCAGGAGGCGUGGGCGCGUCUCGACCACAAAUUCGAUUUGAUGUACGCAAAAAGAGCAUUCGUGCAUUGGUACGUGGGCGAGGGAAUGGAAGAGGGAGAGUUUUCCGAGGCACGAGAAGACAUGGCUGCACUGGAGAAGGAUUACGAGGAGGUCGGAGUCGAUUCAUUCGAUCCGACAGAAGAAGAGUAUUGA